CCUGCUAAUAAACACUAGAAGAAGAGUAGGCGGACUCUGCUUCGUUUCCUUUCAAGGUUAUGGUGAUAGAACUCUGUUUCUGUGGGCUUAGAGACAGUAGAUUUGGAUUGAUAUCAUUGAAGGAAAUCAAUAUGACAGCAAAACUUAAUAGAAAAGGGGCGCAGGGUGGAUAAAAUGUUAAUAACUCUGUGUUAUGUCUAUAUGUGGGUCCGUUUUCACAAGUGUUACUCGGUGCUGAUCCGCAACAGUCUGUCCAGGCUGAGAAGCAGGAAGAACAGCCUCUGUCUCAGCUUCUGUUCCGGCUCCAGCUCGGUCUCUGCGCCCCCCACAGCACCGCCCCCAGGACUCCACACAGCCGCUCCACAUUUCCAGCAGCCUUUUCCUCCCGAGGACAAUGUUUUCCUCCAGCUCGGAGACAAGGCCGUCUAUGUCACGGAGGCUCAGGCAUGUGAUGACCUCAACCAAUGGACUGUUCUUGGAUCCUCUUUAAUUGAUGCUCAACGAAUAGAUAAUAUUUCAUUCAUAAUAGAAGCUGCAGAGAACCAAGUGGGAUAUUCUCCUCCAACCAAUAAGCAAGUGCUGAAGUGGUCUGACUACUGUUUCCCCCUGGCCUUCAGCCCGGGCCAGCCAUUCAGGGCGGUGGCACAGACUAGUCUAGAUAACUUCAGCCGUCUUGGGGUCGCUUUCAUUGAAGACCGCCUUCAACUGGACAGUGGACUGGUGCCUUCAAAGAUAGUCCCUGUUUUGCUCCAAGACAGCACUCUCAGUAAGGCGUUGGAACGGCAGUGUCUUGAGAGGCCACAGCCUGUGGGGGCGCUCUUACUGUCGUCCACUACUCCUGAGGCGGGCCUCUGUGAGUCAAUCUCUCAACUGUUGCCUGCUGACCAGCAGAACCUGCACUUCCGAAAAGGUAGUCUCCUGUUACCCCCUGAGGUGAAGAAGAGGCUGCAGGAGCGGCGGGGAUCAGAGCCUCUGCCCAACUCUCAAACUGUUCAUUUGGAAUCCCAUCAUCACCACAUGGAGGGCUAUGGACACCACCUUCAUCUCUCCAGCUGCCAUGAAUGUUUAGAACUGGAGAACAGCACCAUCCUCUCUGUCAAAUAUGCCUCGGCCGAGAACAUUCCAGAUCUACCUGAUGACACCUCUGUGGGGGUGGACAGUGUGGAUGGGUGUCUGACUGAACUAGAACAUGAUUCUGCUGGGUUUUUUGGAAAAGCACCAAACAUUCUUGUGUACACAGGUGGAUGUGAGGAACGUUUCCAAGCAAUUCAUCAGCUUUUGUUAGACUGCAUAAAUGUGGAAAACAACACUAUUUAUCCCCUCCUGCAAGAACAAGCGCUAAGUGACCCAUGGCUGGACAACACCAGGCUCCUGGUUUUGGCAGAAGACGAAUCCUUAACUGCUGAGCUUCAGACCCGCUUUCUUACUUACUUAGGCAAGGGUGGGAAAGUGCUAGGGCUGGGCUCCGCUUUGUGCCCAGCAGGUCUCCAUCUGGAAGUUAAGGAAGGACAAUGCCUCCAGUGUAGGAAGUUGAUCUUCACCAGAGAAGACAGCACAGAGCUGGAAGCAACCAUUCUGGCAAGUGGAAAGGUCUACAUUCGGGAUCCUCAGGGAGGAGGGGAAGUGGAGCUCUGGGGGGAGCUGAGAAGUGAUGUGGCCAACCAGAGAGAAAUGGUUAUUGUCAGGCUAACCCAUGGAGCCGACGGCGGGGAAGCUGUCUUCUGUCAGGUUCAUUUUGACAUUGCAUCCUACUCAAAGAAAAUGGAUUCAAAAGAUUUCAAUGAGCUGAAGGUCAGCAAUGCACUGCGAUAUGAAAUUUUGACAGAAAUCCUUAAUUCCUUGGGAGUCAGCUGUGAACCAAGCCAGACUCCUGCCCCAAGUCCUGUCUACCUGCUGGCCACCUCCCAGGAUGCCAAGGAAAGUUUUCUGAAGUUCCUGCACACAUGGGCGGAUGAAGAUGCUAUUGUUCGAUUCUCCAAAGCCUCCUUCAGGGUAGGCCCUGAACCACAUGAAGGUCCCUCGGACUUUCUGUCCUUGGUCACAGAAUCCCAAGAGAUGACCCAAUUUGUUAUGGAGACUUACUGCAAAAAUCUGAAGACCAACCAUCUGGGAAACACCCUGCUCUACACUGAGGUUACCACUUCUACCAUGAACCUGCUGGAAGGGAUGGUGCAGCACUUACCUAAGAACACUGGUUUGAUAGCAGUAGCUGCUCGACAAACACAAGGAAGAGGCCGAGGCAGAAAUGCUUGGCUCAGCCCUCUAGGCUGCGCAAUGUUCACAGUUGGGGUCCAAGUCGAGCUGAACUCCAGGCUUGGUCAAAGAAUUCCUUUCCUGCAACAUUUGGCUGCUUUAGCCAUGGUGGAAGCUGUUCGCACACUUCCUGGAUAUCAGGAAAUAGAUGUGAGGGUGAAGUGGCCCAAUGACAUCUACUACAGUAACCUGAUGAAGCUGGGAGGAGUUCUGGUAACGUCAACUUUUGUAGGAUCAACUUUUCACCUGCUGAUAGGAUGUGGCUUUAAUGUAACAAACAGCAACCCAACAGUGUGCAUUAAUGACCUGAUCCAGCAGUACAACACUCAGAACGGCUGCAGCCUGGAGCCCCUCAGCUGCUCUCAGUUCAUCGCUCUCACUCUGAACUGCCUCCAGACUCUCAUCACCAGUUUCCAGCAAAGAGGCCCCGACGCUGUUCUGCCUACUUACUAUGAAAGAUGGCUUCACAGUGGGACUCGGGUCCGUCUGUGGAGUGAGGAAGGACCAGAAGCGCAGGUGGUUGGUCUGGAUGACAACGGCUUUCUGCAAGUGUGCAGUAAAGAGGAAGGAGUGGUCUCUGUGGAGCCUGAUGGAAACUCGUUUGACAUGUUGAAGAACCUCGUGGUCAUGAAGCAGCGCUAGGAUAAGCUGCUUUUAUUCCUAAUAACUUUCUACUCACUGAAGCAACACUUCAGUUCAGUGUGAAAGAGAUUUGGUUGAGUAAUAUUUGGAAGCCAACAGGUUUUUUUUAGACAUCUGACAAAAUCCAUAUAUGCUCCAGUUAUAUAAUGAAUUUGCUAAACCUUAUUACAUUUGCUUCCUGUUUGGAGGGACUACUUUGUAAACUGUUUUUGUUUUUAAAGUGACCAAAAAUAGUUGGACCAUAACCUGAACUUUUUUAUGGAUAGCUGUGGUGGUUUCUUUUGGUUCUUUUAGUAUUUCAUCAGCUGAAACCUGCAGAACGAAAUUGGCUUCAAAUGACACUGAGCAAAGCAUUUCAAAAAGUGGAUUUUUAGACCAUAGACCUGAUUGGGUCCAAAGACCCAAUCAGGUCUAUGGACGUUGUGGCAGCAGUUUUUGAAAAGAAUGCACUGUCAUCUCCUUUUUGCUUAGAACCACAAACACUUCCAGGUUUUGAGGAAGGAGGAUGGGUCGUCAAAUUGGAUGGAAUUUUGUGAGAAGUAAAAGUUCUGUCCCCAACAACAUUGCACUUUUGGUGCAAUAUAGCAUCCAGUAAGAGACGCAAUAAAAACAAUCUCUGUCUCUGAUCCAGUCAUAUAUCUCCUGAAAUGAAACAGAGUGAAUGGUUGCUAAAACUGCUAUUAUUUUACACAAAAACUGUUGUGACUCCUUAAAGUAUACUGACUUACAUUUACAGGAACAAGCAGCUUUAUGCAGCAUUCUCCACAACUACAGGCACCACUGGUAAAGUUUGGAGGUUAAAGGUUAAAGUGAAAUGUUCUUUAUGGUGCCUUGUUGAACCUUGUUCUGAUCUCUACUAUUACUCUUACUGUUGAAAAGAACUUCAGCUCAGUUGCUCCUCUCUUCCAGUCACUGCCUGCUCUGUGAUUAUUAGCACACAUCUGUGCAUGGAGAGUUUUCCUUUUCCAUUUCUUGUAAAAUAAAAGUGAGCACUUUCCUUCCUUGUCAUGGGAACAUGAAGUAAUGGAUUACUUAUCAAAACAUUUUAGAUAUUUGGAUCAACUUACAAAAAGUAAAGAAUACCUACAAAAAUGUCAGAUUUUUAUCUUUAAAAACUAUGCCACUAAUUGUGGGGAUUUUGUUAAAAUGAUUAUUUCUAAAUACUUUUCCCUUUGAACAAAAUAAAGACAAUGAAAUGACAUGUUUACCUGGGGUCCCAGUCAUAUGUUGGACUUGUAUUGUCUGGGUCACUGUUGUGACCAACAAAUGUAGCCAGUCUGUUAUUUUACAGUAAAUUCUGGAAGAAGGAUCCUCUUUCUCUGAAAUGGGUUGAUUCUCGUCUCUUACUGUUGCACAGUAACUGUAAAUAAUGCAGCAUGUGCUGUGAUGACCAAAAGCUAAAUAAAGGUUUUCCAGAUAA